AUGGACAAGGUCCGCACCCGCGUAAUGGCCAAGUCCGAGGAGCUGCUGACCAACUCCGAGGACGGCCUGAAGGUGAAGAUCACCCUCAAGGACGGCCGCGUCCUGGAGCACACCACCGGACGGGCAGACAUUCUCGGAAGCCAGAAGAACCCGUGGGGCUUCGACAGCAUCAGGGCCAAGUUCGAGGAGAACGUCGCUCUCGUCCUCAACGACGACGACGUGAACCGAGCCGUCCAGGCCUGGUCCGACAUCCCCGAGGUCACCAACGUAGCCGAGCUGGUCCGCAGCACCCUGGUGGCCACCAAGGCCUGAACCCCAUCGUAGCAAUCACUUAUCGCAAAGUGGCCGUUGUUGCUCAGGAACCAUCGGCACCUAGAAGCCUGGCCGGAAACCCCGAUUCUGCCCAAGCCGUCGUUUUCUUAACGUCGAUUAUCGAGGAAAUAGUGGGUGUUGCAAUGUAUUAUAUGCACUACCACGCGGUAUAAGACUGGAAUUCGUCUGCUUGGCGUAGCGUAAAACCCGGCCAAUGGCUUUCCGGCCAGACUUCUAGGGAUAGUUGCUUUGAUGCGUGCAUGGGCGUACUGGACCAAGGCGACGAGCUGGCGGGUGUUUUCUCACCCGCCAACUUGUCUAUUAGUCAGAUCGUAAUCGGAAUUCCUCGUGCUCUUUUGGGGGUGGCCCAAGCCGUGAAAUCCAUUGGGAUAUGAUCCUGCUGUAUCUGGCGUGAGGAUCUCUGGCCGACCCGUCGGCGGGCCCCUCCCCGCGGUCUGAGCGAUUGAUGGAAAUGAGUGAAGAGCGUCCUUUUCAACAGGAGGAGUACCUGUCGACCCAACAGCGUAUUUUUUCAUAUUUGGCAACGUGUCGGUCAGAAGGAGUUUGCCCAAGUUGCGCA